ACAGUCCAGAUUGAUAAAGCAAUACCCCUGGGAAAAGAUGAUUAACAUGUAUAAAGGGAUUUCCUUGGCGCAUAAAUACCAGCACGCGCCCUCCCAGUGCUUCAGAACCUCCCUGAUGUAUAUAUGCAGGUAAUGAGAUUUGAAACGGCCCUUUGAGAUGACAAUAUAAUAAAACUCUGAACUGGGAAGCAGCAGUUCUCCUCAUUUUUCUACUCUCCCGGAAUGAGUUGCCAACCUUUUACUUCGGCUGACACCUUUAUACCUCUCAAUUCUGAGUCUUCUGCAACUCUGCCUCUGAUCAUGCAUCACAGUGCAGCAGAGUGCUUACCAGCCUCCAACCAUGCCACCAACGUGAUGUCCACAGUCCCGUCUAUUUUGUCUUUGAUCCAAACUCCUCAAUGUCUGUGCACAUAUUUCUUGGUGACAACACUGGGAAACACAGCAACAGGACUUCAUUAUUCUGUCCCUUCCUGUCAUUAUGGAAACCAGUCAUCGACCUAUGGAGUAAUGGCAGGGAGCUUAACCCCUUGUCUUUAUAAGUUUCCUGACCACACCUUGAGUCAUGGCUUUCCUCCCAUGCACCAGCCUCUCCUGCCAGAGGACCCUACGGCCGCUGAUUUCAAGCAGGAGCUCAGGCGGAAAAGCAAAUUGGUUGAAGAACCAAUUGACAUGGAUUCUCCUGAAAUCAGAGAACUUGAAAAGUUUGCCAAUGAAUUUAAAGUGAGAAGAAUUAAGCUAGGAUACACCCAAACAAAUGUUGGGGAAGCCCUGGCAGCUGUGCACGGCUCUGAAUUCAGUCAAACGACUAUUUGCCGAUUUGAAAACCUACAGCUCAGCUUCAAAAAUGCAUGCAAACUAAAAGCAAUAUUAUCCAAAUGGCUGGAGGAAGCUGAGCAAGUAGGAGCUUUAUACAAUGAGAAAGUGGGAGCAAAUGAAAGAAAAAGAAAACGGAGAACAACAAUCAGUAUUGCUGCAAAGGAUGCCCUGGAGAGACACUUUGGAGAACAGAAUAAACCUUCCUCUCAAGAGAUCUUGAGGAUGGCUGAAGAACUGAACCUGGAGAAAGAAGUAGUGAGGGUUUGGUUUUGCAACCGAAGGCAGAGAGAAAAACGGGUGAAAACGAGUCUGAAUCAGAGUUUAUUUACUAUUUCUAAGGAGCAUCUUGAAUGCAGAUAAUAUUAUCUAUUGUGUAAUAGCCAGUUUUUCUAUUUCUCAUUCUUUUCUCUUCUCCAGCCAAAAUAGAAAUUAGUUAUUUGCUUAGCUUUAAAAAAAAAAUCUUAUCAGUAACUUUUGCAGAGCCUUUUCGUUUCUACUUAAAAUACAAUUUAAAUUAUAUUGAUGAAUUAUUCUCAUAAGCCACACUGUACAUUAUAAGCUAGACUAAUGGAAGUAAAACAAUGAUUUUUCUCUUUCUCAAUAGAUCUCUCCCUUUCUCCCCACCCCCACCUCCAUACAUGAGUGUGCAGAUGUGGUCUUUUAGUUUAAAGGCUUCUUUUCCAAAGGUUGUAUAUUUGCUUUUUAAUAUUCCAGUCAAUAAUGUCACAUAAAGAACAUCACCAGAGAGGAUCUUAUUAGAAAAUUCUUUAACCAAUGUUCUGGUUACCAUCAGCUCUAAUAGUUCGUUUGAACUAACAGUUUUGCAUUUAAGAACUAGGGGUGCCUUAGAAUUUUAUUAUUGCAUUUAGGAAUAAAUCUGAAUUCCAAGUGACACCUUUGAAGUUAACAUUUAGGGCACAGAGCCCAAAGAAUUGUUUCAAAAGAGAUUUGUAGAAAUAUUAAUUUAUGGUCUUUUUAUUCUUCCCAGACACUAGCUUUUUUGAUGUUUAGCUAUAAAAAAUACGCUUUAUAGAUGCUUAAGCCCCACAUUACUAUUUCCGUAAGUUGCAACUGUUGAGGGAAGAAAUCUAGCUUGUUUGCUGUUGCUUCUCCAGUGUCUGGGAAAGUGUUUACUCACAGUGGAAAUUUAAUCUUUGUUGAAUGAUAAAAGGGGUGUGCUCUUAAGAAUGGCUACAAAUUUGACAGGUGUCUAUAAUUUAAUAACAUAGCAUACUUUUGAAAUCUCACAACCUAAAACAUCAUCUGAGCUCCUAUUAGAAGAGAUGAUCAGAGUUCCCGUCAUGGCGCAGUGGUUAACAAAUCCGACUAGGAACCAUGAGGUUGCGGUUCGGUCCCUGCCCUUGCUCAGCAGGUUAAGGAUCCGGUGUUGCCGUGAGCUGUGGUGUAGGUUGCAGAUGUUUGCAGAUGCAGCUCGGAUCCCAUGUUGCUGCGCCUGUGGCGUAGGCCGGGGGCUACAGCUCCGAUUAGACCCCUAGUCUGGGAAACUCCAUAUGCCGGCCCAAGAAAUGGCAAAAAGACAAAAAAAAAAAAAAAAAAAAAAAAAAAAAAGAAGAGAUGAUCAUGUUUGGUUUAAUUGGUUAGAAUAUGAUUUAUUCUUUUUUAAAAAAAGUUUGAUUUAUUGAGAUUUCCAAUUCAGGGAGUUGCACCUUAGUGAACAUAUUUAUUUAACUUAUAAAAUUGUAUGCUAUACAGAAUAGGGAAUAUAGCCAAUAUUUUAUAAUAAUUUUAAGUGGAGUAUAAUUUAUAAAAAUACUAAAUCACUAUGUUGUAUACCUGAAAUUAACCUAAUAUUGUAAAUCAACUAUAUUUCAAUUUAAGGAAAAGGAAUGCACUCGUUUGAAACCUGUAGGUAGAAGCAAACUGUAAUGUGAUAUCACUAUCAAAUAGUGACUUUUCUGCAUUUUGAAUGUAAAUCUGCUGGCAAUGUUUAACUUAUUUUAUAGAACAAAAUGGGAAUAAGUAGACUAAAUUUUAUUAUUGACUUAGAAUGUUUACUAAGCUAUACUGCCCAGUCUCUUGCUUUUUAUAAUAUCAAUAAAGAUCAAGCAUUAUAUAGGUCAUAAUCUAUGUAGAUUACAAAUAUUUGUGCACACAUGCUCAACAUUAAUUGCUUGGCUAGAAACUGUGAUAUAAAUAAAAAAAAAUUAGUUUUCAGUGGCCUGAUCAUCUGUGUUUAAGUACACAUCUAGAACCUAGGAGGUGUUAAAUACAAUAUAAAGGCUUUUCUUAUUAAAGAGAAAAUUCCAAAUUAUUCAGCUAUGUGUAUUUAUAAAUACUUUAUCUUGAAACUUCACCUGCUUAAAACAUACAGUAUAGGAGUUCCCACUGUGGCUCAGCAGUAACGAACACGACUAGUAUCCAUGAGAACACAGGUUCAAUCCCUGGCCUCGCUCAGUGGGUUAGGAUCCAGUGUUGGCAAGAGAGCUCUUGCAUAGGUCACAGACAUGGCUGGGAUCCCGCGUUGCUGUGGCUGUGGUUUAGGCUGGCAGCUACAGCUCUAAUUCAGCCCCUAGCUUGGGAACUUCCAUGUGCCAUGGGUGCAGCCCUAAAACAAAACAAACCAAAAAACCACACAGUACAGAGUUCUCUGGUGGCCUAGUGGUUAAAGAUUCAGCGUUAUCAUUGUUGUGACUGGGGUUCUUGAACCCUGGCCCAAAUUCUACAUGCUGCAGGUGUGGCAAAAAAAAAAAAAAAAAAGAAAAAGCAAAAAACAUUAACUGGGAAGGGAUUCUUUAGUUUGCAAAAGACAUGGUAAAAUGUAUAUGCAUAUACACAUAAAAAUACAUAUAUGCAUGACUUUUAGGCUUGCAAAUGUAAUGCAGUAUAAAUCCAGAAUAGUGACUUUUGAACUUAAAAUAUGAAUUUGUUAGGAAUGUUUAAUUUGACUUAAUACAGCAAAAAUAAGUAUUUAUCUAUGCUUAGUCAUCAUUACAAUGUUUAAAUCAUAUUAUCAGGUAUUUUUCUAUAAAGUCAUUCUUUUCAAGUUUAGAUACAAUUGGCACUGGAAAACAGUUUUUCCUCCCAAAAUAUUUUGAAUCAAUACUUAAUAUUGAAAUGGCAAUUCUUUAGUUAUUUAGCUAUUUGCUGGUUGUACAUGCACUGGUAUUUACUAUUAACUCAUUUGUAUAGAUGAGUUUUGAGACUAUUUUUCUCACUAUAUUGAAAUAAUAUUUUAAUACUUUUUAAAAAAAUAGAAAAUGGUUAAUGUUAUCUAAAAUCCCAAACUGCAAUUAAAUAAAUGACAAAUGUAAUUUACUGUGCAGUAUAUAUGUUCAUACAUUUGGAAAUAAAUGUCAAAAGCUGACUUUAGCCACACAGCCUUUCUACCUCUUGUUUUUAUGAGAUCUUCUAUUGUAAAUCUUCAGGAAUUCAGUAGAGUUCCACUGAAACAGAAAGAUCUGUUUGUCACUUACACAUGGUACACUUGUACCCACAAUUUUACCCUGUAGAGGUGGCUGAGAAACUCUUUCAUGGAAUUUACCUUUCCAUCUCUAAUGGUGAAAAUAUUUGUUUAGUGAAAAGAAAUAUUUUCUGUGUUUGAGGACAGAGGGGUGUGUGUGUGUGUGUGGUGAAUGGUGAAAGUAUUUGUUUAGUGAAAAGAAAUAUUUUCUGUGUUUGAGGACAGGGGUGUGUGUGUGUGUGUGUGGUGAAUGGUAAAAGUAUUUGUUUAGUGAAAAGAAAUAUUUUCUGUCUUUGAGGACAGAGGGUGUGUGUGUGUGUGUGUGUAUGUGUGUGUGUGUGUGUGUGUGUUCUCAGGUUCUUGGGAGAGUGGCUUGGCGGGGAAGGGAAGUGUGUGCUGUUCCAUCAGGAGAGUACCUGAAAUGAGGCUUCCCAAUCCUCAGGCUUCCUGGAAGGCAAAUUUAAUCCAAUUUAUUCUUGAAGGAACUGAGUUAACAGGAACAGUCUUAAACACCUUUAAGGGUCUCAGCUUCUACAGAGAGGAAAUUAGAAUGCUGAUCUUUUUGCAGCUAAUUUUUCUGUAGCUGCAAAACCUUAUGUACGAAGAAGAAUGGCAUCAAAGGAGAAAAACACCAUUGGUAGGUCUUUUUUCAGAUGUGCACAUACACUGUUUUAAUAUGGGAGUGUAUCAAAUAAGAAAACAUAUUUAAAUCAGACCCAACGGGGGAGUUCCCAUCAUGGCACAGCGGAAACAAAUCUGACUAGGAACCAUGAGGUUGCAGGUUCAAUCCCUGGCCUUGCUCAGUGGGUAAAGGAUCCGGCAACGGUGUUGCUGUGAGCUGUGGUAUAGGUCACAGAUGUGGCUCGGAUCUGGCGUUGCUGUGGCUGUGGCAUAGGCCGGCGCCAACAGCUCCAAUUAGACCCCUGGGAACCUCCAUAUGCCGUGGGUGUGGCCCUAAAAA